GAUCGGAUGGAAAAUAAAAACAAAUUAAUUCUGUUUAUACUGGUCAUAAGUAAGGCGUAUCUAAUCUUUGGAAAUGAAGUACUCAUUACUGUAAGGAUGCGAAUCUAUGUUGGUUCUGGUCGAAGGCAACACAAAGAAUGAAUGUAGGAAUGCCACGUGCUACUUAACAGUGUUUUCACUAAUUCGAACAUGGCGCGGACUGGACUGUAGAGUAGAGGGUGCGACGAUACUAAGUUCUAAAGGUUACAUUUACAACUUCUCAACAUAUCUCUAUCGGUAUGCCCGGAGUCUGCACAUAUAUCGAAAAAGGAGAAAGACAUGGAAGAUGGAAAAUUGCAAUUAGAAAGUCGAUCAAUCUAGCAGACAAAAAUUCAGCAGAGUUUACAGACUUUCUUCUAGCUGCAGAAAGGAAGCUAAAUAUUAGCUAUGAAGCAGCCGAACCCAUACCAGAACAGGGAAUAGGAAAGAAUGAACGUGGUGAAUUUAUUGGAAGUUUCGGUCAAGUAGUUAAAUCGGAAGUAACAUCUUCAAUGAAGUCGAACAUUUUUCUCUCAGAUUAUCAUUUGGGAUCUGGUUAUUAGCCGCUUUUGUUUUAUUGUCCAGUUUCAGUGGAUGUUUGGUAUCCUUUCUGACUGCUUCUGGAAAGCCUUUGAUACCGAAGACAUUUCAUGACCUAGCAUCUGCUGUCAAAAGAGGAGAAUAUGAAUGUGGAAUAUUUCAAAACGUUGCUAUCAAAAGUUUUAUAAUGACGUCAAAGACCGAAG